CCAACGAACUUCUCAACCCAUCACUCAAGCUUUCCAUCUACUGUUACACGGGGGCUUCGCAUGGGCACUCGCGGGUACUACGUCUACCGCUAUCGAAACAUGUACUUUGCCUACUACAGACAUUGCGAUUCUUAUCCGGACGUCCUUGGCGUAGACAUGGUUGGGUCUAUGCGGUCUCCCCGUGCCAUCACAAGUAAGCGGGAGGAGUUGACACGGAUGUUGGACAAGAGGAAAAACACUCGGCAAUCUGAAAAAUUCACUAUUUCAAGCAGACGGCCACAACUUGAAUAUGGCAGCUUGAUCAGGUGGAUUUAUGAGAUCGACCUUGAUCGCAACAUUUUUCACAUUAACGGCAUACCAUUCUUCAACUUGGAAUGCCUUCCGACCCCGAAGACUUUCCUCAAAUACAUCCCCGAAGGACAUUACGACAAUUAUGGCCGCAUAGCUUGCACACCAGGGUGUCUUCCUAAGCACAAGUACAACCUGCCAGCGCCGCCAGUUGUAGAUCAUUCCGACCUCGCGAGGUAUCAGGCAUGCACAGGCACUGACAUGGCUUUGAGCGACCUGCUCGCCAUCAGCGAGGUUCUGUCCCCAGAUGAGCAGGUUCGGGUUUCAUUAUUAGAGGUAACGAUUGGGCAUUGCAUGGUUCAAGUCGAUCCUCGUGAUCGCACAUUCAUUUGCCAGUUAAUUUACGACUUCGAGCUCAUGCCUCAUCACAAUCAACUAAAGGACAGAGAAUGGUCGGGCGCAUGCUCCAUGGCCAGCUUUGCCUUUGUUCCUCAAUUGUUUGACGGGCCGUCCAUUCGCCACCCCUCCUUGAGUAGGGAGGAGUUUACAUGGGUUCGCGAAGACACCGUUGUUUGCAUCGCAACCCAUCUAGAUGACGAGAGAUGCCUGCAGGCCUCCAUCUCACGCCUUAUCACCGCAAUCUCGGAGCAGAAGGAUGUUCCAGGUGAUUACUUUGGGGUCGCAUUCUCCAUUUACCAUUGUGCAAUCGUCAAGGUUGUGAAAGAUGCAAACACGACGACGUUCAGUCACACGCAGACCCUCCAGUUUUUGCCAUCAAAUUUCGCAGAAUCUCCUUCUACGCCGGGCAUCACUGCUCUUGCUCGCCUUGCCCAUCGCGUCGACCCUGCACUCUUUGUGCGUGCUAUGGAGAUCUGUCGUCGGCCCGGUUCAACGACGGACAAGGAGAACGAACUCGCUCAGGAAGGCAAUGAUGCACCCAAUGUUAAUUGUGCAGCGCUGCCUUCUGAGCUUUGGCGAGAGAUCGCUCUUCAUCUUGAUCUUCAAGACGUCCUCACCCUGGGGUUAAUUUCGAAGCUAUGCCGUGAAGCAGCCUCAAUGGUACUCCGCUAUCCCCACGUCUGUGGUCAUCGUUUGGUCGCUGUCUCCAAAGAGACACCAAGCAGUAUACUACGAAGCCACCGCUUUCUGCAUGCUGCAUCGUUUGCUGCUGCACGAGCAGGGGUUCCUACUGAUGUUCUUGUCGGAUGGGGGGUUGGCGAAAGUGAGAUUAUGAACUUCCCGAUUGAUGGGAAUAGGUUGAGAGUGUGCCUCUCGGACAGUCACGCAGGAGGGGAGGAAAGCGUGGUUGAAAUUGGGGACGACAGCAACUUUGACGAAGACGAAGACGAUUUCGGCGAUAACUAGUACUCCGGUGUUUAGUGGAACUUUUGACCGUUCGCCGUGCGGGUGCCAUGAUCCAUCUUGUUGAUUCAGUUGAAGUCCAACCUCUGAGAUUUUAAUUCACGGCCCUGUUCUAGUCGCGAUGAUCAGUGGACACCAUGUUGAAUUGUUGCACGUCAGAUAAAAUGUGUCAAGGACGUCUCAGCAAGAUGAAACGGCGCGCCCAAGGUCCUGCACAUCAAAGUUUGAAUGGUAGUUAACUAGCCCAGCAGAUUGACAACAUUAAAGUUCUGAGUCUUGGCGUCAAUGUUUGGUCGAAUUUGAUGAGUUCGUCAUCACGUGCGAAGGCAAAAUGUCGUG